AUGGAACUAGAUGCAGCCAAGAAUUUCACAAGCUUAUCACCGUGUACUGAGUUUAGUGGCGACACUCCUGUGGAUUUAAGAGGGCUAAAGGGAACGUCUUUAGCACGCUAUGCGAACUAUGUCCAAUCAGAUCUUAGAAACCUUAAACGCCUACUGAGUGAAUACCCCGUGAACAAGGCAUCUGUGGUUUCAGAAAUAACUGCUGAUUUAGCAUUGUGGGGGAGAUUCUUCAAGGAUCCGCCAUUUGAAGUGGCACGACUUAUGAAGGGACUCGCUUCUUUGCGAGAGGCCAACAGCAGGGAUACAUCUGACCUCACAGGGGGAAUUGCUUUACAGAGAGAGAAAAUUCAACAAUGGGUAUCCGUUGUCAAAACCUCUGUUGACAAGGUGUCAAUUUCUUGUAAUUCUAUGGAUGUUAUUACGACAUCUCUUGAGGGGGGGCUCGACGAGCAAGAGACUAGACAACAAGGUUAUUUAUCCCGUGCCACCGCAAUAAGGGCUCAGAUUUUGGAAUUACAAUUAGAGCUUCAGGAAAUAGAGGAGAACAGCUCACGUGAGCAACUGCUCAAGGAUCAGACAGAUCUGUGCUUGUCUAGCCAUCAAGGGCGUGUUGACAAGGUAAAAAGUUUCAAAAUCGCAUUGGAGAACUGCUUCUCCGAGGACCAGGACAAAAUGCAACAGCUUGACAAAAUCACUGAAGAUUUCAAGAUGGACAAGCUGGGCUUUACAAAACACAUGUAUUCUUUGCAUGAAUUUUUUCAUAGCGUGCGCUUCAGAGGAUUAGUCCUUCCUGGCACACUUUGUUCGCUUCACAAGUGA